AACGAUUCUAUGCGCCUGCGUGUUUCUGAAGUUGAAGUAUUCUUUUGCCCGUCCGCAACGUAGACCGUGACUCGGUCAUGGAGAUAAGAGUUUAUAGAGAAAGGGGUAGAGUGAUGAAACGAUCGAAUUUCCAGUUAAAAAAUGAAAGGAAGUCUGCCUUUUGCCGGCGUAGAAAGGCGUUGCUCUGAAUCAUAGAAAUGAUAUGCUGAAACUCUUGUAUAAAACUGUGUAGGAAAUGGGAGUGAAAAGCCAGUUUUUAAACUGUGCAUAAUUAACCCUGUGCAUGAUACUCUUCUACAAAUUUUCUAGAUCUGUAGCAUAAACUGGCGAGCACAGUGCUGAACAGCUAAGCAAAGCGCCUGACGUACAGGGGAACUGAAGUCAAAGGCGCUAAUGCGCUUGCGGGGGAAAGGAGGCUCCGCCCCCCCCGGGCACAAAUAAGGAACGAAGGGCGGGAAAGAAGCUUGCGCGUGCGCACUAAGGCCAAUGUCAGCCCAGAGGUUAGGAACCUACUACCUUGUAUGGUGGGCUUCCCGCCCUCCGCCCCGUUUGAAACGGGCCCAAAGUGAAUGCAAAGGCUUUUUCUUCCAGCAGGAGGAAGGAAUCACUGCUUUGUCUGAGUUCCACUCUUCUAGUCAAGCAGAUCGCGCUACUUUCCUGGCAUUUGUCUCUCAAGUGGACUCGUCCCUUCUUCACCGUUACCACUCCAUCCUAGAGCAAUUACAGGCUCUCUACGCUCCUAUUAAUCCCGACCAGGACACACUGCAGGAGUUCUCUCUGACUGAUGCUGAGCGGUUAGCAAAAGAACAGGAAGUUUUGGCCAGGAUGGAUCCAUUGCUGGACCAGGCCAACUUCAACAGUUUGUCAGAGGAAACCCUGGCCUAUGCCCUUGUGGUUCACCAUCCACAAGAUGAAGUCCAGGUGUCAGUAAAUCUGGAUCAGUAUGAAUACAUAAGAUUCUGGGCUCUUGGCCAACGGUUCGGACCACUGCGUGUGAUGACUACCCUUCAGAAUCAGAGGGGGUUCUUUGGCACACCUCGGGUUCCACCAGACAGACAGUACUUCAAACGGGUGGUGGUGGCUGCCCGGAUUAAGAAUGCUCACCUCAUGCUUAAAUGCUUUAAGGACAUUCCCCUGGAAGGCCUGGAGCAGUUGCUGCCCGCCGUCAAGGUCCGCACCUCCAUCUUCUACAGGGCCCUCCUCAACGGCAUGCUGAUAGUGAGCGGCUUGGCCGUCUUCGUCAACGUGGGCAUGGUGGUGCUUUCUGACCUGAAGAUUGGCACCACCUCCCUGCUGCUUUUCUUCGCUGCCUUUAUGGCCUUCCGGGCUUGGAAGGUCUUUGGCCAGCGCCGGAAUAUCCACUCCCUUGAGCUGGUGCACAUGCUGUAUUACCGCAGCACGUCCAACAACUCUGAGCUACUGGAUGCCCUUGCUCUGCGUGCCCAGGAAGAACAUGCCAAGGAGGUCAUCUUGGCACACAGUUUCCUCCUCCAGCUGCACCAGCACUAUCACCCCCUGGACAUAGACUCCAAAACCAUUGAAUGCAUGAGGGAAGAGGUUCAGGCUUGGCUGCACCUCCACUCUGGUCUGGAUGUAACCUUCUGUGCCGACCGUGCAUGCAGGCAUCUCAGGGAACUAGGAGUUGGGGCAGGGGGCUCUCCUGCAACGGGGACCCAUCCUGUGACUGGUUAGGAGCUUCCUAGGAUUGUUCUGGCCAGCACUUUUGGUUCCUAGUGGUCAGGCCACCUGCUGAGGCCCCUAACGCUGAGCAUGUGAGGCUUUGAAGGCGCAGGCAGGGGAAUUCUUGCCUUCCCGGGGCAUUAUGGGAGCAGUGCCCAGGGCUGCAGUUGUUGAUGCUGCCCAGAGGCCUCAGGGUUUCUGCUUCUACCACUGCUGUCUCUCCCCUGGAUGUGUAUGUUCCUCCAGGAAUCCAUCUUGGGAGGAAACUCAAGCAUGUAACACCAUAAGAGGUGUAAAUAUCACCCGGCAUACAACAUUCAGCCUCAUUACAAGGGGGGCAUGUUACACCUCAGACUCAACUAUUUGGAUGGCUUGUCGGGGGAAGCUUGUUUUUAAAGGUGUCCCUGUUUUUGUAAAAACCCUUUUAUUAUAUGCUGCUGCCUUUAGCGGGGGGCUGCCUGCUUUUUCUUGUAUCUGAGGAAUGUGGGGGCGAAGUUCCUUGCAGGGCUGUUUACAUUUGAAAUGAGAAUGGCAUAAAGCAAUGAAUUGCUUGCGUUUAGGGCAAGAUGGGGUUUUAGAAAUAUUCCUUUGCUCUGCUGCUUGGGGGCUUUAAAAAAACGUAUUAAAUCACUUCUAUAGCACUUUGAAAUUCACAGUAUACACUUACGAGGAAUUUGAAGACUACUACACACUUGGUUUUUGUUUUGCCUGUUUUGUAGAGACCACAGAGGUUGAGACGACAUACACACUGCAUGGUCUUGGACAACUCAGUAAGUUCAUGCAGUGCUUUGACUUGUUAGGGAAGGCCACUUGGCACGUUUCUAGAGGCACUUCUCCAUAUUAUUGCCCCCAGAUGUUCCAGCUUCAGGCCCCUGUACUGAGAACAGAUUUGAUGCCUUGGAACAAAUUUAUGCU